CUACUGUAAAAAAAAAAAAUGUAAAAAAAAUAAGAGCCAUAAAAGCUGACAGAUUUUCCUUAACUAUGCUCUUCUCUUUUACAGACUGCUCUGGAGUCCCCAAAAUCUUAAGAAAAUGAUACUUGUGUUGAUUUUGAUAUGUACUGUCCACUCAUCUCAAGGUCUCAUCUGGGCUUGGAGAAUGCUUCCAUGUGAUGUGACACUGUCUAACAGCUCUGUUGCAUUGGAUUGCUCAGGAAGAUCUUUGAAAAUAAUUCAGAAAAACCUGAUCUGGAAUACAACUGACCUAGACUUUGCGGACAAUAAAAUAAAACACCUACCAAAGGGCUUCUGGAAUCUGACCGAAGUAACACGGAUAAACCUCAAAAAGAAUCAGAUUGAACAUGGCCUUUCUGGGAUUUUUUCAAGAUUGGCUAAUCUUAAGACUUUGCUUCUUGAUGAUAAUAAGAUUACAGUAUUUCCAAGAGAUCUCCCUCCUGGACUGCAAAAGUUAAGCCUGGGAUCCAACCAUAUCAAGGCAAUUGGACCAUCAGAUUUUUCAAAAACAAAGAAUCUCAAAGUUUUAUCAUUAAACAAGAACUGCUAUAAUAAUGUCAGUACAGAACUGACAAUUCACAAUGAAACAUUUCAACACUUGAAUCUAACUGAGCUAGUACUGUCUAAAAAUGGACUAAAAAAAAUACCAUUCCCUUUACCCAGAUCCCUCUGCAAACUUUCACUUCUACUAAAUAAGAUAGGCUAUGUUGACGCCUCUGAUCUGAACAACCUAACAAACCUAACAGUUCUUGAUUUAUCUGGAAACUGUCCUUUUUGUUUCACUGCUCCAUUUCCAUGCACUACCUGUCAGACAAAGAAUAAUGCUUUACAGAUUCAUCCGAAUGCUUUUAGUGAACUAUCCAAACUACAAGACCUACGACUUUCUGGGAAUUCUUUACAAACAAUCAACCCAUCAUGGUUCAGGAACCUUACUAUGUUAAAGUAUUUGUAUCUUUCCUUUAACUCAUUGAUUGGUGAAUUUGAAAGUGGAGGAUUUUUCAGUGUCCUACCAAAAGUGGAAGUUGUAGAUUUCUCAUAUAAUAAUCCAUCUCAGAGAUUUUACCAUAGACUGAAACUCUCAAACAGUUUUGCCAGUUUGGAGUCACUACAAACACUUCACCUAGAAGGGUAUAUUUUCCACAACCUCUGUGAGGAAGAUCUCCGACCUCUCUUUGGUUUGAGAAACCUAUCCGUUCUAAACUUGGGAGUCAACUUUCUCCAACAUCUCAAUAUAUCGGUGUUCAGAAACUUUCACAACCUGUCUUUGAUUUCACUGAUUGACAACAGGCUAACAUUCACAAGUGCUUUUAAAAGACAGGAGUGUAGAAAUUAUGUCCUUUCUGAUGACAAUGAAGGAGGCCACCGUGAAGGCCCCUACAUUCACACAAAUGAACAGUUCCGCCAUUAUCCUCCAUUUACCAAAGCAGAAUGCCUGGAAACAGGACCAGUUUUGGACCUCAGCAGGAACAACAUUUACCAUAUCAACCCAAUAUUUUUCACAGGAGCAGAGAACAUCACUUGCCUCAAUCUUUCCUCAAACUUCAUUGCUUCAUAUUUUAAUGGUACAGAGUUCACUCACUUUCCCAGGCUAAAGUACCUUGACUUGUCUUACAACAGAGUCUACAUGCGUUCAGAAGCUGCCCUUAAUGAACUGAAAGACUUACAAAUAUUGGAUUUAAGUCACAACAAACAUUACUUUGAGGUGGCAGGUGUGAGGAACAGUCUGGCAUUCCUGGAAAACCUUCAGUUCCUUAAAGUUCUCAACCUCAGUUGGAAUGAGAUAAAUUCACUAACCAACAAGACUUUGAAGAGCAACUCACUGAAGGAACUGCAAUUUCAAGCCAAUCGACUGGAUAUAAUGUGGAAGAAGGACCGUGGAUUCAAAAGUCUUUUUCAGUCUCUCUCAAAUCUAACGCACCUAGAUAUAUCAUAUAACAAGCUUAGUGAAAUACCAAAUGAUAUAUUCAGCUAUUUUCCAAGGACGCUAACAUAUAUUAGCAUGAGCAAGAACACUCUUGCCAAUUUUGAGUGGGAGCAGCUCAAAUAUUUACCCCAUUUGGAGACUCUGGAUUUAAGUAAGAACAAACUGAGUAAGGUCACUAGAAAACUAUCAAAGCAUACACGCUCGUUGAAGGUCUUGGACUUGAGCCAUAAUCUGAUCUUCAAGUUGCAUCAUAGCUUCCUCAAAGACGUCAAAAGCCUGCUGAUCCUCAGUCUUGCUUUCAAUCGCUUGCAGCACAUCAGCGAUGCAUCCUUCCAGACAGGUAGAGAUCACUACCUACGCAUGCUGGACCUGCAGAGGAACCCUUUUCAUUGCACCUGUGACUUUCUGGACUUCAUUCUCUGGUUAGAGAAUAGUGAGACUGUCCUUCCUCGUCUAGCAACAGAUGUCUUGUGUGAUCUUCCAGAAUCCAGAAGAGGACAUCCAAUGAUCAGUCUGAACUUAAAAAAUGCCUGCAUCAACAACAGUAUUGCACAAAUCCUAUACGUGCUCACGUCAUCCGUCAUCACUAUCAUGAUGUCUACAGCUAUUGUGAUACAUGUGUUCUACUGGGACAUAUCGUACAUUUAUAAUUUCUGGAUAGCGAAAAUAAAAAGUUAUUACUUGAAGAUAAAUGAUUGCACUUAUGAUGCCUUUGUUUUGUAUGACACCAAGGAUCCGAUGGUUGCAGAAUGGGUUUUGAACCACUUGCGUUUUGAACUGGAAGACAGAGGAAGACAUGUUCGUCCCCUCUGUCUGGCUGAAAGAGAUUGGACUCCUGGAAUACCGAUAAUGGAUAACCUAAACCAAAGCGUAAACCAGAGUAGGAAAACGAUAUUUGUGCUGACUGAGGGAUUUGUUCACAGUGCGCUUUUCAAAAUGGCAGCUUUCCUAGCACAACAAAGGCUGCUGGAAGAGGGCGUAGAUGUGAUGGUUUUGGUCUUGUUGGAACCGGUUCUUCGGCAGUCGAGAAUCCUAAACUUGCGACGCUGCCUAUGUGGGCAAAGUGUGCUAGAGUGGCCCACAAACCCGGCAGCAGAAGGCUUUUUCUGGCAGAGACUGAGAAAUGCAGUAAGGUUUGAGAGUCAAGGUGUGCAAAGUAAAUUAUUUACAAAUUACUUUAGCUGACUGUAAUGCUGUACAAAAUAAGUAGUUUCGAUUGAAACUAUUUUGCCGUUGAGAUUUCUUCUACCAAACUUUUUUGUAAAUACCACACUUAUUCUUAUUACUAUGAAUUGUUUAAAACAUUAUUAUAUACAUUUUUAGGAAGUCAUUUCUGUCAUGACAACUCUCUGAGGGACUGAUAUGGUAAUAAUGAAUCACCCUGUAGAUCUAUACAGGUGGAACUGGGGAAGGUGCAGGGUUUCUAAAGCAACAACCAUCUUUAAUAUAUUGUUAUUUUUAUCUGCAUGGGGGAUAUUGUAUUGUACACAAACGUAACAGGAAACACUUGUUUCCAAGUUAUUUUUUAUUCCAUGAAACCAAAGUGCUUUUCCCCUAUUCUGUCUGUAAAAUAAAGAGGUUCCUCACAAUGCUGUCACUUCCUUAAACUAAUUUUAUCAACAACUUUCCAUUAGUCUCAGUUAUGGUGCAGUCAGAGUUAGAUUUGUACAGGAAAUACUCUGAUGUACUUUAUCACUCUAGAGAGCGAUACAGCACGGUGACAGAUUUUCAUCAGUGCCUUUUGUGGACUCACAUAGUUACGAUACACAAACACACAGUUACUCCAGCUCUCUACGUCCUUCCCUUUUUCAUCUUUUAUUCAUCAUGAAACCAGUGAUGAAAAAUUCAUGACUCCAGGCAAUGAAAUGAAUGCAAAAUGAAAACUGUGGGCGUAUAAAAAGGGUGAGAGAAAGAAUGUCUCUAUCUAGGGUGACGCUGGCACAAGGUGCAGAUCACGGUGAGGGCAGUGGGUUCUGGAGAGCAACUCUCUGCGAACUCUUGCUAUGUUAAUAACUUUUUUUCUUUUUUUUUUUAUCGCUAAAUUUCAUAAACAAUUACAAAGAAGUGGCCAGUAACAAAUUGAGGUGAAAAUUUGAAGUAGAACAACCGAAAUAGUAAAUUUGUAAAACGUGCUGGGUGUGUCUGAUAUAUAACACUUAUAUAAAAACAGUAGCCUAGGCCUAUAUCUGACAGCUGUCACAUCU